AUGCUAUCGAUCAUAAUUUUGAUAGGUUUAUCAAUAAUAGCCUACGUUUUUACUGAUGAAUUAAUACCAAAACUAAGUGAAUUAUUUAUCAAAGCGGGCAUAUAUGGAAUAGACUUGUGUAAAACUAGUAAAGAAAGAAUCCCAGAAGCUGUCGGUGUCGUAUCGGGAUGUGUAUUUUUAGUUACGAGUUUUCUUUUUAUACCAAUAGUUUUUGGAAGCAGUCUUAUGAAUAGAGAGCAUUUCCCCCAUAAUGAAUUUGCGGAAUUACUGGCUGCAUUGUUAUCUAUAUGCUGCAUGCUACUCUUGGGAUUUGCUGAUGAUGUUUUGGAUUUAAGAUGGAGAUACAAAUUGAUUUUGCCGACAGUAGCUUCAUUGCCUCUACUUGUAGUUUAUUAUGUAAAUUUUAAUUCUACUACAUUUAUAGUUCCUAUACCACUAAGACAAUAUUUAGGAGCGUCUGUAAAUAUUGGUUUCCUAUAUUACAUAUACAUGGGAAUGUUGGCAGUUUUUUGUACAAAUGCCAUAAACAUUUUAGCUGGUAUAAAUGGCCUAGAAGUAGGUCAGUCAGUGAUAAUAGCAAUAUCUAUUAUAGUUUUUGAUGUCAUAGAAUUGAGAGGAGACCAGUAUAAAGCACAUUGUUUUUCACUCCACAUCAUGAUACCAUACUUAGCGACAACUUUGGCAUUAUUAAAACAUAAUUGGUAUCCGUCCAAGGUGUUUGUUGGCGACACAUUCUGCUACGUAUCGGGCAUGACGUUCGCAGUAGUUGGUAUUCUUAGUCACUUCAUGUAA